AGUUCCGCUAGCUCCAUCCCCGGCUUCCCUUCUGGGACUCAGAGCCGCUCAUUCCGCCUCGACCCUGCCCACCGGUCCCUGGCUCCACCUCCCGGAAACUACCCGGGCCGCCCCAGGCUCCGCCCCCGCCGCUUGGCUACUGGCGCCAGCUGCUGCGCACCGGCAGGUUUCUUCGGCGGGUCCUGUCCGUGAGUUCCAGGCUGGCGCCAUGGAGGGGGACGUCCCCGCCUCCGCCCUCUACCAGCCAGCCAGUCCCCCGCGGGACGCCUGUGUCUACAGCAGCUGCUACUGUGAAGAAAAUAUUUGGAAGCUCUGUGAAUACAUCAAAAACCACAACCAAUAUCCAUUGGAAGAGUGUUAUGCUGUCUUCAUAUCAAAUGAGAGGAAGAUGAUACCUAUCUGGAAACAGCAGGCAAGACCUGGAAAUGGACCUGUGAUCUGGGAUUACCAUGUUGUUUUGCUUCAUGUGUCAAGUGGAGGACAGAGCUUCAUUUAUGAUCUCGAUACUGUCUUGCCAUUUCCCUGCCCCUUUGACACAUACGUAGAAGAGGCCUUUAAGUCUGACGAUGACAUUCAUCCACAGUUUAGGAGGAAAUUUAGAGUGAUCCGUGCAGAUUCCUACCUGAAGAACUUUGCUUCUGACCGAUCUCACAUGAAAGACUCCAGUGGGAACUGGAGAGAGCCUCCUCCACCAUACCCCUGUAUUGAAACUGGAGACUCCAAAAUGAACUUGAAUGAUUUCAUCAGCAUGGAUCCUGAAGUAGGAUGGGGUGCUGUCUACACACUGUCUGAGUUUGUACAUCGGUUCAGCAGUAACUACUGAAUUUGACAUCAGGAUGUGGAACUGUGCAGAAACUCUAGGACAUGGACAUGCCAUUCUUUCAUUUAGGACAGCAGACAUUAUGGUACAGUUGGCUGGGAGUUACAUUUUUCUCUUGAUUCAGUUGAGUGGAAACAUGAGUGAGCACACAUAUUAGUGAACUAAAUAAAACCUUUUUUGGGCUGGGGCUAUAACUCGAUGAUGGAACGUGUGCUUAGCAUAUGUGAGACCCUGGGUUCAAUCCCCAGCACCACAAAAAUAUAAAAUAAAAUGCAGUCUUUCGUUUUGAUAUGUCAAGUUGAAACUUGAUGCAGCAUGUAAUUGCUAGGCUAUUCCUGUGGCUCAUUUGCUAAAACAUGUGAUGACUUAUGGGGGCGAUAACUCUUGUUAAGACAGAGGUGUGAGCUUGGAGCCAGCUCCAUUUGUCUGUUCUGGAUGUUUCCUGUCUCUCUGGAUACACCGGAAGCUUCUUGUGGAUCUCUGCUGCUGUAGAAGGUGCCCGUAAGAUAUUUCUAGAGACAGCACUGCUGCCUGGGAAGGGAUAAUACUGUGAGCUGAAUCAGCAGGAAGUAUUAGUCUUUUUGGACUAUGAUGUUGUUAAAAAGCUUGAAGUUUUCUUAGGCUGAGUGAUAUUUGGCCUAUUUGUAAAUGGUUUUAAAUAAAAUAGAUUUAAAACUAGUUUUGUUUUGAAGAUUUUGAGUUGCUCUUGAUGAUCCAAAGCAUCUAAGAAUGUCUUAAUCAUAGAUGAGAAUCACUGCUUUAAAACAUAUUCAUCAUGUCUGCCUUCUUGAAGAUGCCUUGGAAAUGUGACUUUAAUUGUAAAAUUCCAAAUAAAAGGUAUUUAUC